UUUAACCACCCUCGCUUUCAAUCAAGACGUCCCGGUCAUGUCUAUAUCUGAAUCCGAUCUCCUGAACAAAGUUGCGUACGCCCCAGGAAAUAUCCUGCGAUGGCGUUUAGUCGCGCAACUCAACGCAGUGCAAGAGCUCCAGAUAUGCGCUGUGCGUGUACUGGACGAGCAUGCAGAGAAGAUCGAGAAAACCAUGAAAAAGGAAUUGCACAACUUGCAGACUAGGCUGGCCAAAGUGAUCAGCGAGACGAGGGAAAUAAAUCUGGCGCUGUCGGGCGUGACAGCAUACUAUCCAGCGUUGAAGUCUGAGCUCUCUGAUUGCAAGGUGCAAUCUGUUGCCUUGCUAACGGACAUACGGACCGCAUCCCUCACCGCUAAGAUUAGCAGUCCACGAUUCACGCGAUCCUCUUCCGAACCGGCAGACAUUGGAGUAGAGAUGAGAUUAUCGACCGAACCCUCGGCAAAAGCGGGCAGGGUCGAGUUACCGACUCAUGUCGUCCCGACCUUGGAACAAAUUCCUCUCGUCCUUUUCCAACUCCCAUUCCCCAGAUGCAUUGUCACGGAUAAGGCCAGACUUAAAGCGGCGAGAGAGGCCUAUGUGAAGUGGGUUUCAGAUACGCUGCUCAGUGAAACCGAACGGGAGGACGCAGAGAGAACAGAUGAAUGGGUGCCGACAGAUCUUUCACCUGAUGAACUCGCUGAUGCCCUCUAUCGGCUCAACGUGGGCGGGUCACAAUUAUCUGUCGCAGGUGGUAAGCCCAACCCUGCUACGCCACCACCGCCUCCAUAGCCUUGGCGGUCCCAGCUGGUCUGGAGGGAAUGCGAUUAACACUCAUCGCUCGUGCCGUUUCGUUGCCUUCUACAGGAUUCCUUUUCGCUGCACCCGAAAUGGUAUAUAGAUUGUUUGUAUCGCGAACAUAUAUGCUUUC